AUGUCGUCCUCCGCGCCGGCGUCGCGCGUUCCCGUCCUCGCGGCGACGGGAGAGCGCGCGCGCUGCGCGGUCUACGCGCUCGCGCGCGGAAGCGCGCGCGGGGGAUGGGCCGGCGCGGGCGCGCGCUCGCGCUCGCGCUCGGAGUUGACGUCGGAAUGCGAGGGAGGAGGCGGAGGAGGAGGAGGAGUAUUCGCCGCGGGGACGGCGCGGCCGCGACGGCGGGGCGCGCACGCGCGAUGGGUCGCGCUCGCGACGACGCCGACGCGCCGCGGAGGCGCGCCGGAGCCGAACGACGGGGAGUCGUCGUCCGCGGGAGCGACGCCGUCAAUGCGCGUGGCGGAUAACGCGUCGAAUUUGACGAGCUCGUCCUCCUCCUCCUCCUCCUCCUCCUCCUCCUCCUCCUCCUCCUCCUCCUCGCCGGCGCCGACGCCGCCGAAGCGCCGACGCGGCCGCCCGAAGGGCACGCGCAAGGUGACGACGUCGCCGACGCCGGGCGACGCGAUGGGGAUCGCGUCGCUGCUCUGGCGGCUCGCGAGCGAGGACGAGGAGACGCUCGGACGCGCGCGCAUCCAACCGCACGGCCUCGAGGCGGUGGUGCCACCGAGCGGCGCGUCGUCGCGGAAGAAGAAGAAGAAGCUCGCGAAACGGCGCGGAGACGACGAGGUCGGCGGCGGAGGAGCGUCCAGCACGGAGGAGGCGAGCGCCGCGCUGGACGCCGCCGCGAGAAACGCCGCGAGCGACGCGCGACGCGUGUCUUCCUCCUCCGCGACGACGACGACGACGACGACGACGACGGAUGACGACGACGACGACGACGGCGGCGGCGACAGCGUGGAGAAGAUAGUCGAGAGCAGCAUCCUGAGCUCCCUCGGCGAGACGAUCGAGAUGCUCGACGAAGAAGCGCGCGCUCGAGGAGCGCCACGCCGCGCGGACGACGCGGGCCUUCGCGAAGACGAAGAGAAGAGGGACGCGCGACGUAAGGAGGCGGCGGCGACGGCUGGGAGAAAAAACAGCGGCAGGACGCGCAGCGCGGAGACGCGUCGCAAGAUCGCCGGCGCGGCGAGGGAGCGAUGGCGCGCCGCGAGAGAGAACGCGACGAACGCGAAGACCGCCGAGGUGGCGGCGACGGUGCACGCGCUCAAACGCGGCGCCGCGGCGGCGGCGGCGAAAGCCGCCGCCGCCGCGGGGCGAGACGCCGUCUCGCGGGCGGAGGGCGUCGAUCGCGACGACGCCGUCUCGCGGGCGGAGGGCGUCGAUCGUGACGACGCCGUCGCGCCGACGCCGCGAGGCGUCGUUCAACCGCGGGAGGCGCCGUUCAACCCGUCGGCGCCGUGGGAAGCGCUCGCGCUCGGCGCCGGUCAACGCGCGUACGAAGAGACGAUCGCCGCGAUUCAAUCGUUUGACGAGGACGACGACGACGACGACGACGACGCGUCCUUCGAAUCGCCGAACGCUUCCUCAGACGACGUCGCGGACAGAGCCGCGGCGUUCGCCGCGUUGCUGACGCGGUCGGGAGAGGUUCCGAACUCCAUCGCCGCGCGCGCGUCGAUGUCGACGUCGACGUCGUCGAUCGCGAAGGCUGGCGUCGGCGCCGCCCCCGCCCCCGCCCCCGCCUACGCCGCGUUUGAAGACGACGACGACGACGACGACGACGACCCGGAGCUCAAGGAGACGAAGCGGAAGAUGAAGAAGCGCCUCGCGGACCUCGCGAAGAAACGCGCUGAGCUCACCGGGUCGGGGGUGAGCCCUUCGCUGACGGUGGCCAAGUUCAGCGCCGAUCUCCAGCGGUACAAACGCCUGAGGGACGACCUGAAGGAAUGGAGCGCCGCGUUCGUCGCGCGGCGCGGCCGGAUCCCCACCGUCAAGGACGUCGAACGGACCGGGAUUGACUUUCUCGUGAAGAACUUCAAAGACUACGUCGCCCUGCGGGAUAAGCUCAUGUCUCAGACGCCGUAUCUGAGGGGGCAGAUGGAGGACGUCGCGAGGGAGACGCUGCCUACGCCGCGCGCCGCGGGGUGGAACAAGAAACCGCGUCAAGGAGGAACGACGAGGGACGGCGGUCAGGGUCAGGGUCAGGGUCAGGGUCAGGGUCACCCUGGCGCUUCGUUCCAGGGUAAACCCGGUCCGAACGCGCCGCGGUAUCCCG